ACCAAUUCCGUAUCACUUCACCUUUAAUAAACAUUCUGCCCUUAGCCAGCAUGUAAUACUUUCAUUUGCUCUUUCGCUCGUCGCUGAUCCCCGUCCCGACCUCAUCCUUUUUGCUCAUAAUCAUUGUUGGCCUCGUAAUUCUUCCGAGAUUUUCAAUCGGCGACAUUAUCCAACCUUCGAUCUUAUAUCCUUCGCUUUCGCUUUCGCUUGCCCCGCCGGGCGCUUAAACCCACCUAGGCUACGCAGAUGCCCUCCGUGACGCCGUUCGAGCUACCCAUGCUCUCCCCGACCAAGAAGAGGAGACGAGAAGGCACCGACGAUGAACAGCGAUUUAUCUUCCCUUCUACGGGUCUUGACACAGCUUCUCUAAUUAACAAAUCACGGAAAAUCGUACCCCUGCCUGCGAGCAAGCGAUUUCGGCUAGUUAGCGAGAGUGAGGAGCACUACCUAACACAUAAUGCCUCGCACAUCAGUCACUCGCAACAAUCGCACCUCUCACAUGCGCACCCUGAACACCAAACGGCGCUUACAUCGCAGCACGGCCGACUAGGCACAAGUUCUAGAUCAGUCAAUACAUCGGCACUGCUAAGUCCGUGUCACAUCUGCCACCGAAAACCGACCAAGAAAUCCGACCUCGAUUCCUUCGCCGAUUGCAUGGGCUGUGGACAACGAGCCUGUUUUAUUUGCAUAAGGGCAUGUCAAGGCUGGCUACCACCCUCCACCGAGGAAGAAGCAGACCUUUCAGCCUCGUUUACUAUGCGAGACGUCGAUGACGAUAUAAGCAACGACCAAGAAUCCGAUGAAAAACAGGAGAAAGGAGGUGGGCCAGAAGACGGAUGGAUGGGACGAGGCCACCGAGAAAUGGUCUGCAGCCGAUGCUGCGUGGAGCGUGGAUCCGAGGGCGACGUGGUCUGCCUAGGGUGCCUGGCUGGUAUGGAGGGGGCAUAGGAUGCCCCCAUGGAGGAAGAACCAUAAUCAUUUAUUCCAGCAGAGGAUAUCUCAUGAUACAGAACGCCAACCACCACGGCUUCGCGUUUGGCAGCAGCACUUCGUGAGGCUAGGAAGGAAUUCAGCUUCGCUACCAUAUAGGCCGGCAUCGGAGCCAAGGGAGGAUUUAUCAGAUUCAGGGAGGCAUAGUCAUGGCGUUAUUCGGACACUAUAACACAGCACAGCACAGCACAUCCAUUUACCCACAUUGCAUUGCAUCGCGUUCGAGCAUAUCACUUCGUUAAGAUACCAUAUCCGCGGACCAUUGGCUGUUUAUCAUGGAAACUUUGUUGCUUUUGGGCGCUAAUGAAGGUACGGACUGUAAUUACGGCUAGGCUACAUGGUAGGCACUGUGUAUUUGGCAGGACGAAGAUGGGAUGGAUGGAUGGGAUGUACAUAUUACCUUAUACUCCAGGACGAGCUACUUGCUCAAUACCCAGGGAUCCUCAUGUCACUUAUACCACUCAUACAAAUCCCCAAAUAAUAUAAAUAAUCAAUCAC